AUGUCAACCGCCAGACUCGUCUCGAACACAGCAGACCUGGCGCAAGUGCUCGGUAGGCUCAACGUCAGCACAACCGUCCCGCCGCACCUGUACAUCGAUCUCGAAGGCAUAAAUCUUUCACGUCACGGCUCGAUCUCCCUACUCACUCUCUACGACCGUUCACUACCGUGUAUCUUCCUCAUUGACGUCCAUGCGCUUGGCUUCGCGGCAUUCACGACGCCCUCCACGACAUGCGCGACAAUCUCAAGAUCCGAUGACAACAUACAGCUGAUCGGGACCAACAAUAUCGAGAUGAACGUAUGCUCAGACGAGAAGCCUUGCCUUAUCACAUUGAAGUCAAUCCUCGAGUCCCCUGAGAUUCCCAAGGUCUUCUUCGACGUACGAAACGAUUCCGACGCUCUCUUCCACCACUUCGGCAUCGAGCUCCGGGGUAUACAGGACCUCCAAGUCAUGGAACUGGCUACGCGCGGCGGACGCAACCGCGAACGCGUCAACGGCCUCUCACGGUGCAUCGAGUUUGGACUUAUCAACGUCCUCACGCCUCUCCAGCGCUCGCAAGUCAAGACGAUUAAGGCCCGCGGCGCGGAGUUGUUCUCACCGGAGAAGGGCGGCUCAUACGCGGUGUUCAACGAGCGGCCUCUCGACAUGAUGCUGGAGCACUACUGUAUGCAGGAUGUCGUGCACAUGCCCGCCCUAUGGAACGUAUACAACUACAAGCUGCGAAUCCGGUUCUGGAAUUUUGUGGUAGAGCAUGAGACGAAGAAGCGCCUUGCAGAGAGCCGUGCACCGGCGUACCUGCCCACAGGCAUGCACAAGUCGCUCGGUUGGACUUGGGAACAUCUCCGCCAGUUGGAACGUGCAUGGAAUGGUUAG